ACACACAGAUGAAAAGCGCCAUUUAUAUAAAACUAUGCUAGUCGAACAAAUUCUCAGUCAUAGACGGUUCUUUGAAACGAACGGAAGUAAAAGUGGCAAAUAAAAACGGUGUUUAAAGUGAAAAUAAAAAAGCCAAAAAAAUAAAAAAAAAAUCCGACGGGUCUUUUAUUUGGUGUCUGCCACCAACCACAUUCAUUCAAUACCAACAACAGCAGCAACAACACAAAGGCAAAAAAUUCACACACAAACACGGUCGCGCUUGUAUGUGUAUCCGGGUAUCAUUGUCUGUGUCGUUCGUUCAUUCGGUCCUUCGUAUUGGCAUUCUUCUUGCCUUUAUACGCCAAUCUGUGUUAGUGGGUUUUUGAAAACAUUGUUCAGUGUUACACAGGUCGAAAGAGAGAAGAGAGUCUGUGUCAGUCAGUGUGUUUCGAAUAUUUCACUUUCAGUUUGGCUGGUGUCGGUUGAAUCAGUGUAAAAGAAAAAAUAUAAUAAAAUUCUUAAAAAGUAUUAAAAACUCCAGUGAAAAGUAAGGGCUAAAGAAAAAAAUACGUUGUGUGAAAUAUUUCAAAAUUGCAUUCAUCAGCAGCUGCAAUUUGCAAACAUAAUUCAAAGAAAGUCAACAAAGGAGAAUCCAGAAAGCAGCCACUAUGUAUGGAUUUGUUAAUUACGCUCUGGAGCUAUUGGUGCUUAAACACUUUGGUGAAGAAAUAUGGGAGAAAAUAAAGAAAAAAGCCAUGGUCUCAAUGGAAGGACAAUUUUUGGUGCGACAAAUUUAUGACGAUGAAAUUACGUACAACUUAAUUGGAGCAGCAGUUGAAAUUUUAAAUAUACCCGCAGAUGAUAUACUGGAGUUGUUUGGUAAAACCUUUUUUGAAUUUUGUCAGGAUUCAGGAUAUGAUAAAAUUCUGCAAGUACUCGGUGCAACCCCCAGAGAUUUUUUACAGAAUCUGGAUGCCCUGCACGACCAUUUGGGCACAUUGUAUCCGGGUAUGAGAGCUCCUUCGUUUCGUUGCACAGAGAAGGAUGGUCAAUUACUGCUGCAUUACUAUUCAGAGCGACCGGGUUUGGAACAUAUUGUCAUUGGCAUUGUUAAGGCUGUGGCCUCAAAGCUGCAUGGCGUUGAUGUGGAAAUCGACAUUGUUAAGCGAAAAGGUGAUCCAGUGGAAGAAGAUGAGAAGGAUGAUGUUUUUGCACAGCAAUUACAACAGCAUCAACAAUCAAACGCUUCCGUUUCGACAACAUUUUCAAAUGAGGAAAAUAAUAAUCGCAACAACAACAAUCUGAACAAUAACAACGAUGGAUCCACAGAUAAUUUCAUAAAUAACAGAAGGCCAGAUGAACAACAAUGUCCCUUUACUAGAAAUAAAUCGAAUUCCGCCUCAUCAAUGGCAGGCACAAAUGCCGAUAGCUUUGACAGUGACGACAAGGAACAGAAAUGUCUGCGGCUGCUCAAGAAUAAAAGCGAUGACAUUGAACGUUAUGACCAUGUCCAAUUUCUAAUACGUGAAACAUCGGCCAAUAAUAAAUCGGAUAAUGAGGCAUCCAGUUCGAAGGAUGAGGCGGGCAAAGAGCCACCAGAUGACACAGACUUCUUGUGUGAUGCUCCCCUUAUAUCGCCCGCAACAUUUUGCAAAGUAUUUCCAUUUCAUCUGAUAUUCGAUCGUCAAAUGAAAAUUGUCCAGGCUGGUAAAUCCGUGUCAAGAGUCAUACCAAGAGUGGCCGAAGAAAACUGUUCGUUAUUGGAAGUACUUGAAGCUAUACGUCCUCAUUUACAGCUGACAUUUGAAAAUGUAUUGGCCCACAUUAAUACCAUCUAUGUCCUGCAGACACGUCAAGGUGCAAUGGGUAAACAUGAACGCUAUCUGCGACUGAAGGGUCAAAUGAUGUAUAUACCGGAAUCAGAUCGCAUUUUAUUUCAAUGUUAUCCAAGCGUAAUGAAUUUAGAUGAUUUGACAAAAAAAGGCUUACACAUCUCCGAUGUACCCCUGCAUGAUGCCACAAGGGAUUUGGUUUUGCUGUCUGAAAAAUUUGAAGCCGAAUAUAAAUUAACCAAGAAUUUGGAAAUGCUCACAGAUAAAUUGCAACAAACCUUUAGGGAUUUGGAAAGUGAAAAGCAAAAAACAGAUAGACUUCUCUACUCGGUACUCCCAAAAUCUGUGGCUAAUGAACUGAGACAUCAAAGACCGGUGGCACCAAAGCGUUAUGAUUCGGUAACGUUAAUGUUUUCUGGUAUUGUGGGCUUUGGCCAAUACUGUGCCGAGAACACCGAUCCCGAGGGAGCCAUGAAAAUUGUGAAAAUGCUAAACGAACUGUAUACCGUCUUUGAUGCUCUGACUGAUUCGAAGCGCAAUCCAAAUAUUUACAAGGUCGAAACUGUGGGCGACAAAUACAUGGCCGUUUCUGGCCUACCCGAUCAUUGUGAAAAUCAUGCUAAAUGUAUUGCCAGACUGGCCCUGGAUAUGAUGGAUAUGGCCAAAAAUGUUAAAAUGGGAUCCAAUCCAAUGCAAAUUACAAUUGGCAUUCAUUCGGGUGAGGUGGUGACCGGUGUUAUAGGUAAUCGUGUGCCGCGCUACUGUCUAUUUGGCAACACUGUUAAUCUGACCAGUCGCACGGAGACAACAGGAGUACCGGGCCGCAUUAAUGUCAGUGAAUACACCUACAGGAAGUGUCGUUAA